AUGUCAGGCGGGUCUUUCGCCUUCUACCGUUUCUCUAUUAUAUUAUUGUUAGGCAACUUGGCCUGGACCACCAGAUCCAACAGCCUGUUUGUAUCCAAACAUGCUACAGAGCUCAUCGGACCUCAAUUCAACUCCAAUAUUGGUCGUGGGGAGCAGACAAUGUACAUUGGGUUGACGAUUUGCUUCUGGUAUAAUCUAGUUGCCUGGAUCCUAUCAAUCCUUGACUCGUGCGUUGUACUCGUUUACAUAGGUUUAAUCGACCUGGGCAUCGUCGCAGCUUUGAUCCCCGCAGUCUACUGGCAAGGCACUUACAUACCCCACUGGAAAAGCGUCUGUCAAAGUGCCGCUUCGUGGCAGGUGUCGAAUGCCUCUGACAAAUCUUGGUUCACUGUCCUAGCGAAGCUUCAGAAACCUGCCGACCCGGAUCCAAAGGGUUGCUGUGAGAAAUACGUGGAAACCUGGAUAUUUACUGUUGUUGUGAUAGUUCUAUUCUCGAUUUUUGGCAUUUUAAACAUUCGCUCUGGUACCAAAAACGAUUUAUUCACUUGGUGCAGACUUAAAAGACCAUGGAGCACGGAAAUGAUACAGAGCAAAUCUUUCUUGCGUACACUGCUCAAGUACCUGCUGCUGCCAUUCUACAUUAUCUGGCACUUCUUCGUGUUUCCUAGAACGAGGGCAAAGUGGUAUUUCUGGUAUCGCUACUGUGUAAAGGUGAUAUACAGACACAGAGGGCGCCGCACACCAUCGACCGCAAGUUUAAUUCAGGACAACCCGCAAUACGAGAAGAAUACCAUCUUCCGGGACAAACAUUCGGAUCGCCUAUCUCGGCUGUUGAUGCUCGACAUCUCAACAUUGGUUGCCUCCAACCUACAUUAUACCGAUAUCCAAAGUCUCAGUUUGACCUCGAGCCACAUCCGGGAGACUCUCUUCCCAACUGGAAACAUCAGACACCACACGGCACAUUUUCGACUGAACAGUUGUAACCAGGCGGGGAAGACCAGAUGCUGGCACUGCCAGCUACAGAUAUGUAAUGGUUGUGGAUAUGAGCGCGAACUCCGUGACACACCGACGUCUCUUCAUCUACACGCCUGCAAACCGCGCUGCACAAUGUGCUACAAGGAUACCAUCUCCAAGUUUACUGGGCAGAGUAGCUGCAAAUGCAGACCAUACCUCACGAAACAAAUGGUCUGCAUAAACUGCUGUAAAAUCCCUAAUGAGGUGCUAGUCACUCAUCGCAAUGCUCGGGACCAAGCCAAGCUGGAACGGUCGCUGAUGCGACCAGUACCUUGCUCACAUUGUAGGGGCGAUUUGGAAGCCGACGGGCCGCGGUGGUGGGUGUGCACUAAGUGCGAGAGAGAAUGUGCAAAUCACAUCCAUCCUGGUUGGGCUCCAAAGUCGCCGGUUUAGUUUUGAGAUUCUGGAGUAUGGCGCAUUACACGAACACGGUGGUGGGUGUGCACCAGGUGCAAGAGAGAAUGUGAAAACACCCAUCCUGGUUAUGCUCCAAAGUUGGCGGGUUAGUUUUGAGUUUCUGGAGCACGGCGCAUUAUUUUGAUCAACAAACACGAACAGAAAUGAUAAGACGGAAGCAUGACAUCAAGAUAUUGAUGAACCGGAGUUGUACGACACAGUCCCUUUUCAGGCGC